AUGGUCCUCUAUGACGGCGGUGAGCACGCCAAGCAGCAGCCCGGUCUACUGGGUACCACUGAGAACGAGCUCGGCUUGAGGAAGUGGCUCGAGGAGCAGGGUCACACCCUGGUCACCACUUCCGACAAGGAGGGCGAGAACUCGACUUUCGACAAGGAGCUCGUCGACGCUGAAGUCAUCAUCACCACUCCCUUCCACCCCGGUUACCUCACUGCUGAGCGUCUGGCUAAGGCCAAGAACCUCAAGAUCGCCGUCACUGCUGGUGUCGGUUCCGACCACGUCGACCUGAACGCUGCCAACAAGACCAAUGGCGGUAUCACCGUUGCCGAGGUCACCGGCUGCAAUGUCGUCUCCGUCGCUGAGCACGUUGUCAUGACCAUCCUGACCCUGGUCCGCAACUUCGUUCCCGCCCACGAGCAGAUCCGCCGCGGCGAGUGGGACGUUGCUGCUGUCGCUAAGAACGAGUUCGACCUCGAGGGCAAGGUCGUCGGUACCGUUGCCGUUGGCCGUAUCGGUGAGCGUGUCCUCCGCCGUCUCAAGCCCUUCGACUGCAAGGAGCUCCUCUACUACGACUACCAGCCCCUUGCCCCUGAGGUUGAGAAGGAGAUCGGCUGCCGCCGUGUCGACAACCUCGAGGAGAUGCUCGCCCAGUGUGAUGUUGUCACCAUCAACUGCCCUCUGCACGAGAAGACCCGCGGUCUGUUCAACAAGGAGCUCAUCUCCAAGAUGAAGAAGGGCUCUUGGCUCGUCAACACCGCUCGUGGUGCCAUCGUCGUCAAGGAGGAUGUCGCCGAGGCCGUCAAGUCUGGCCACCUCCGCGGCUACGGUGGUGAUGUCUGGUUCCCUCAGCCCGCCCCCGCCGACCACCCUCUGCGUACUGUCCAGGGCCCCUGGGGCGGCGGCAACGCCAUGGUUCCUCACAUGUCCGGUACCUCCAUCGAUGCCCAGAUCCGCUACGCCAACGGUACCAAGGCCAUCCUCGAGAGCUACUUCUCCGGCCGCCACGACUACCGCCCCGAGGACCUCAUCGUCCACGGCGGUGACUACGUUACCAAGGCCUACGGUCAGCGCAACAAGGCCUAA